AUGAGUGAUCUGCCCAUUGAAUUUACAGAACUGGCAGAUCUAACGUCGUUAGGAAUUUCCCCUCAAUUCCUCGACUUUAGAUCAACAACUUUUGAAUCGGAUCAUUACGUGACAAUUAGAGAGACUAAUGAUGGUGUUAAUUCCGUUGCAAUUGUCGAUUUAGCUAAUAAUAACAAUGUUAUUCGGAAAAAUAUGGGUGGUGACUCUGCUAUUAUGCAUCCAUCCCAAAUGGUUAUUUCAGUUAGAGCCAACGGUACAAUUGUUCAAAUCUUUAAUUUAGAGACGAAAUCAAAAUUAAAAUCCUUCACACUUGAUGAACCUGUAUUGUUUUGGAAAUGGUUAAAUGAAAAGACACUUGGUUUGGUUACCGCCAGGUCAAUUUUGAUUUCUCAUGUUUUUGAUGGAAAUGUUGGUGCAAAACCUCAGCUUUUAACGAUAAGGCACGCUAGUUUAAACAAUACUCAAAUUAUCAACUUUGUUACUAAUAAAAAUGAAGAUUGGUUUGCAGUUGUUGGUAUUUUACAAGAAAAUGGUCGUAUUGCUGGUAAGAUUCAAUUGUACUCUAAGCAACGUAACAUUUCUCAGGCUAUCGAUGGUCACGUGGCCAUCUUUGCCAAUAUCCUAUUGGAUGGUAACGUGAAUCCAGUACAGGUUUUCGUCACUGGUAACAGAAAUGUCCAGACUGGUGCUGGUGAACUAAGAAUUAUUGAAAUUGAACAUGAUAAUUCAUUACCAGUUAGUUAUCAAAAGAAAACUGUGGAUAUUUUCUUUCCACCAGAUGCAGUUAACGAUUUCCCCAUUGCGGUUAAAGUUUCUGAAAAAUAUGGUGUUGUUUACUUGUUGACCAAGUACGGGUUCAUCCAUCUAUAUGAAUUGGAAACCGGUACUAACCUUUUCGUCAACAGAAUCACCGCGGAAUCCGUUUUCACAGCAGCUUCUUAUGACAACCAAAAUGGUAUCUGUUGUAUCAAUAAAAAGGGUCAAGUUUUAGCGGUUGAAAUAUCCACAUCUCAAAUAGUAUCUUACAUUUUGAACAAAUUGUCCAAUGUUUCAUUAGCUUUAACGGUUGCAUCCAGAGGUGGAUUGCCAGGUGCUGAUGGUUUGUUCCAGAAGCAAUUUGAAUCGCUAUUGUCCCAAGGUGAUUAUCAAGGUGCCGCUAAAGUUGCUGCUUCUUCAAAUCAAUUGAGAAACCAAAAUACCAUUAACAGAUUGAAAAACGUUCAAGCGGCACCAGGUGCAAUUUCUCCUAUUCUUUUGUAUUUUUCAACUCUUUUAGAUAAGGGUAAAUUGAACAGAGAUGAGACUAUCGAAUUGGCAAAACCUGUUUUACAACAGGACAGAAAGCAGUUGUUCGAAAAAUGGUUGAAAGAGGAUAAGUUGGAGUGUUCUGAACCAUUAGGUGAUAUUGUUAAACCAUUCGAUACUACUUUGGCUCUAGCUUGUUAUUUGAGAGCUGGUUCACAUGCGAAGGUUGUUUCCUGUUUGGCUGAAUUGCAACAAUUCGACAAAAUUACUGCUUACUGUCAAAAGACCGGAUUCCAACCUAACUUCUUGGUGUUGAUUUCUUCUUUAAUUCGCUUUUCUCCAGACAGAGCCGCUGAAUUCGCAAUCUCCUUGUUGCAAAACCCAGAGACUGCAUCUCAAUUAGAAAUUGAGAAAAUCGCCGAUUUGUUCUUCUCUCAACAACAUGUCCAACAGGGUACUUCGUUGUUGUUGGACGCUUUGAAGGGAGACACUCCUAACCAAGGUCAUUUGCAGACUCGUGUUUUAGAAGUCAACUUGACGCAUGCACCUCAAGUUGCAGACGCUAUUUUGGGUAAUAACAUCUUCUCUCAUUAUGAUAAGCCUACUAUUGCAUCUCUAUCUGAAAAGGCAGGCUUGUAUCAAAGAGCCUUAGAAAACUAUACGGAUAUCAAGGACAUCAAGAGAUGUAUUGUACACACCAAUGCUUUACCGGUGGAUUGGUUAGUGGCUUACUUCGGUAAGUUGAAUGUGGAACAAUCCUUGGCUUGUUUGAGAACUUUAAUGGAAAAUAAUUUGCAAUCGAACAUUCAAAUCGUCAUUCAAGUUGCCACCAAAUUUUCCGACCUAAUUGGUUCCAGCGUUUUAAUCAAACUAUUUGAAGAAUACAGAGCCACUGAAGGUUUAUACUACUACUUGGCAUCAUUGGUUAACUUGACUGAGGACAAGGAUGUCGUCUACAAAUACAUUGAAUGUGCUGCCAAAUUGAAUCAGUACAAGGAGAUUGAAAGGAUUGUCAAGGAUAACAAUGUCUAUGACGCCGAAAAGGUAAAGAACUUUUUGAAGAACGCUGAAUUGGAAGAUCAAAUCCCAUUGAUCAUUGUUUGUGACCGUUUCGACUUUGUCCACGAAUUGGUCUUGUACUUAUACAAGACUCGUAACAUGAAAUUCAUUGAGGCAUUCGUGCAACAAGUAAAUCCAUCCAAGACACCACAAGUUGUUGGUGCUUUGUUGGAUGUUGAUUGUGAUGAAGAUUUCAUCAAAGGUCUAUUGCAAUCUGUUUUUGGCCAAGUUUCCAUUAAGGAAUUGACUGAAGAAGUCGAGAAAAGAAAUAGAUUGAAAUUAUUGCUUCCUUUCUUAGAGCAAACUUUGGCACAAGGUGCUCAGGACCAAGGUGUCUACAAUGCUUUGGCUAAGAUAUACAUCGAUUCUAACAAUGCUCCUGAGAAGUUCUUGAAAGAGAAUGACCAGUACAAUACCUUGGAUGUUGGUCACUACUGCGAAAGAAGAGACCCAUACUUGGCUUACAUCGCCUAUGAAAAGGGUACCAAUGAUGAGGAUUUGAUUAGAAUUACCAAUGAAAACAGCAUGUACAAAUACCAAGCUAGGUACUUGUUGAAGCGUUCAGAUUCUGAAUUGUGGAAUACUGUGUUGAAUUCUGAUAACGUUCACAGGCAGCAAUUGAUUGAAGCGGUCAUUUCUGUUGGUAUUCCUGAAUUGACCGACCCUGAACCUGUCUCUUUGACCGUUCAAGCUUUCAUGAGCAAUGGGUUAAAGAUCGAAUUGAUCGAAUUGUUAGAAAAGAUCAUUUUAGAGCCUUCGACUUUCAGCGACAACGUAGCCUUACAGGGAUUGUUGUUAUUAUCAGCCAUCAAAUAUGAACCUUCCAAGGUUGCUUCUUACAUUGAAAAGUUGGAAAAAUAUGAUGCCAAUGAAAUUGCUCCAUUGUGUAUUUCCCACGGUUUAACCGAGGAGGCCUUCGAAAUUUAUGAAAAGCAUGAAAUGCCAGAAAAGGCUUUGAAGGUUUUGAUUGAAGACGUCAUGAACUUGGACAGAGCUCAGACCUAUGUUGAAAAGGUCAACACACCAGGCCUAUGGUCUCAACUUGGUACCGCACAGCUGGAUGGUCUCCGUAUUCCAAGUGCCAUUGAAUCCUACAUCAAGGCCGAGGACCCAUCCAACUACGAAAACGUGAUUGAAGUUGCCGAGAAAGAGGGUGAUUAUGAGGAAUUGUUGCCAUAUUUGACCAUGGCAAGGAAAUCCUUGAAAGAACCAAAGAUUGACGGUUCUUUGAUUUUGGCUUAUGCUAGCUUGGGUAAGGUCCACGAAAUUGAAAACUUGCUUUCUGGUCCAAACGUUGCUGAUCUGGAAGAUGUUGGUGACAGGUUGAUGGACAUCAAGAACUACAAGGCUGCUAAGUUAUGUUACGCUAGUGUUUCCAAUUACUCUAAAUUGGCUUCUACAUUGGUCUAUUUAGAUGAUUAUCAAGCUGCUGUUGAUACCGCCAGAAAGGCAUCCAAUAUCAGAGUUUGGAAGUUGGUUAACGAUGCCUGUAUUGACCGAAAAGAAUUUAGACUUGCUCAAAUUUGUGGUCUGAAUUUGAUCAUUCAUGCUGAGGAGUUAGGUGAGCUUGUUGAGAAGUACGAAUCCAACGGUUACUUCGACCAAGUCAUAUCUUUGUUUGAAGCUGGUCUUGGUUUGGAAAGAGCCCAUAUGGGUAUGUUCACCGAAUUGGCCAUUUUGUAUUCGAAGUACGAACCAUCUAAGACUUACGAGCAUUUGAAAUUGUUCUGGUCUAGAAUCAAUAUUCCAAAGGUCAUCAGAGCUGUUGAAGAGGCACACUUGUGGAAUGAGUUGGUAUUUUUGUAUGCUCAUUACGAUGAAUGGGACAAUGCCGCCUUGACUAUGAUUGAUAAAUCUGCGAAGAACUUGGAUCACUCCUAUUUCAAGGAGGUUAUUGUCAAAGUUUCCAACUUGGAGAUUUAUUACAAGGCGAUCAACUUUUACGUCACUGAACAUCCAUCUCUUCUUGUCGAUUUGUUGGCGGUUUUAACUCCAAGAUUGGAUAUUCCAAGAACUGUCAAGUUGUUUGCCAAAUCUGACAACUUACCAUUGAUCAAGCCUUUCUUGGUCAACGUUUUGCCUAAGAAUAACUCUGUGGUAAAUCAAGCUUGCCACGAUUUGAUGAUCGAAGAAGAGGAUUACAAAGCGUUGCAAGAUGCUGUUGAUUCUUACGAUAAAUUCGAUCAACUAGCUCUAGCUGCUCGUUUGGAAAGUCAUGAAUUAAUUUUCUUCAAGAAGAUUGCUGCAUUGUUGUACCGUAGGAACAAAAAAUGGGCUAAGAGUUUGUCUAUUUUGAAAGAAGAAAAACUUUGGAGGGAUGCUAUUGAAACUGCUGCCAUUUCUGGUGACAGCAAGGUCGUUGAAGAUUUGCUGACCGACUUUGUUGAAACUGAAAACAAGGAAUCCUUUGUGGCUCUAUUGUACACGGCAUAUCACCUGGUCAGAUACGAUUUCGUUUUGGAGAUAUCCUGGUUGCAUAAUUUGGGUGACUUGAGUAAGCCUUAUGAAAUUUCUGUUCAGAAGGAACAUACUGAUGCCAUCAAGAAGUUGUCCGAUGAACUGGUUCAGAAGGGUUCUGUGUCUGAGGGUCCUGCUGAUGGUCAACCUUUGAUGUUGACUAACGGUGCUCCAGGUCUCUUUUAA